CGGGGGUGUCUGGCUGGCAUGAACGCGGACGUGUUUUUCCAAACAAACGCCUUUCGUUGACCUAUAAAAUACGUGUUUGGGUGGUAAUGCGCAUGAAGAAAGUCGACAGUGUGCCCUUGGCGAACAUGUUGCACACGGUAAUUAGCGUAGUCGUAAUCGUAAGCGUGUGAUCCUGAUCAAGUGAUCAUGUCCGCGAGGAACGAGGGUGCGAUCAGCCGCGGGGGUGAGGUUCUUCGUUGCGGGCUGCUCAAGAUUCUCAAGAAGCUGAAAACCUCGCGGAAAAAGUGGUUCGUUUUGAGGGCGGAAACGGCGGAAUCCUCGGCCAGGCUGGAGUAUUAUGACAGCGAGAAGAAGUUCCACAAUGGCCAGGCGGCCAAGCGGAGCAUCCAGUUAAAAACGUGCUUCAACAUCAAUAAGCGGCACGACACCAAGCACAAGCACGUGAUCGCCCUUUACACCAAAGACGAUUGUUUUUGCGUGGUGCUGGACUCUGAGGAGGAGUUGGAAUCGUGGUUAAAGACCUUGUUGUCUCUGCAGCAUGGAGAGGAGGCUGCAGAUGGGGAAACUCCUAGACCCACGUUCGAGCACGUAUGGCAAGUGGUGGUCCUGAACAGAGGACUAGGUACCGGCAGGACGGGCAACUACCGUCUCUGUCUCACCGAUAAGACUUUGAGUUUGAUAAAGAAAGAUGACACAAAUUGCGUCAUCCACCUCCAGCUUACCAACAUCAGGAGUUGCGGCAGUUUGAAGAACUACUUUUUCCUAGAAAUCGGUCGAUCCAGCUUAUUGGGAGCAGGGGAGGUUUGGAUGGAAUCGGAAGAUACCAAUAUAGCCCAGAACAUCCACACAACGAUAUUCCAUGCGAUGUCAACUAAUAGCAAGCAUGAUGAGAUGCGUGUCAGAUCUUCUUCAGCUACGGAAUCUUCAAAACCUAAUAAUACAUAUAAAAAACAAUUUCCGAAGCCUGCUUAUUUCACUCAUGGUCGCGAGCGGUGCGACAGCAUGCCCUCUCGCCCUCGGGCCGUCAGCGAGGGCACCCACCCCGCCCCGGGCGGCCGCUCCUACCCGGCGCAGGCGCGCUCGCACCACCCGCCCAGCCCGCCCUCGGCGGCCGCCCACAGCCCGCUCAGCGCCGCCUGCUCCACCACCGACUCGUCGACGGGCGGCUCGUCGUACAGCCUGGCGGCGGACGAGGCGGACGGGGGCGGGGCGGGCGGCGGCGGCGUCGGGGAGUUUGAGGUUAGGUAUCCGGUGCCGCUGACGCCGGACGAGGCGAUCGCCGAGGAGGAUUGCCCGGAGAGUCCGCCGUGCGGUAUGCACGGCAUGUAUGUGCCGAUGCGUCCGCACUCCUCCUCCGAUGACGGAUACGUCGACAUGUCGCCGCGUUCGAGGCCGCUCUGGCUGCACUCCGCCGCCGUCGUUUCCGGUACCCCCUCCACCGACGUCCGUUUCUCCGACUACCCGCUCGACAAGGUGGCCUCGUACCUGGCCGGCGAUCACGACGCCUCGCGCCCGACGCGCGCCUACUCGGUGGGCUCGCGGCCGGAGGGGCACGUCCCGGUCGGCGGGCGGCGCGUCGAGGCGGCGGGCGGCCUGACGCCCGAGGAGGCGCGCGGGCGCUCCUUCAGCACCGGCUCGAAGGCGAAGCGCGGGCCGAGUCGCGUGCUGCCCCACCACCAGCACGUCGGCGGCGGCAAGUCGAGCAGCGCGCCGAUCCUCCUCAAUUCCAGAAACCACAGCUGUCAUGGCUCCAACGACCCCAUGAACAACCACAUGUUCAUGGACUUCUCCGGAGGCUCCAACAACACGCUCAACAACAACUCCCCGAAAACGCCCAGCGGGUACGUCGAGAUGAAGCCGGGCGUCGAAAUCGCCUCGAGAAAACCAUCGGAAAUUUCGUCCUCGUACAUGGACAUGUCGGGAUCGGCGCCUUCGAUAAACACUCACGGCGAAUACCACUCGUUCGUCGACAUCAGCAGGCAGUACAAGUUGCCGGCGCACACCAACAACAACUACGUCGACAUGGACAAGGGCAAGAACAAACCGAAGCCGUCGACGUCGCCGUGUUGGCACCACGACUACCUCGACAUGUCGGCCAAUCAGACGCGUCGCUCCGACAGGGGGUCGUCGUUCGGCUCGCAAGCGUCGGCGGCGUCGUCGCCGAGAAACGGCGACUACAUGCCGGCGAGCUUCUCGCAGCAGGAGGCGGUCAAGACGCCCGAGGGGUACGUCGAGAUGACGUUAGGUGGGCGGCACAACAGGCAGGGGAGCUUGGACGGAGCACAGACGACGUCGACCGGCAGCGCCGACUACCUCGACAUGUCGGGCGGCACGUCGUCGACGAAGAGGAAGCCCUCCUCGUCGCGAGAGAAAGUUUGCUCGCAGCCGAUCUCGAUCCAGUCGGCCGGGGGCAGUGGCGGCAAGAGCGCCUCCAGUCCCGUCUCGUUCUCGUCGCUGCUGGGCAGGAAAGCGUCGACCGGCACGCCGCCCAAGAUGCACCUGCCGCUCGCCUCGUGGGCGGCACCGUACUCGAGUCUGCCCAGACAGAGGACGCGCAAAGACUCGAAGGACAGCUCCGGCUCGAGCGUCGGUACGCCGAGCACCUCCGGCGCCAUAUUCCCGAUGAGCCUGAACAGUCCCAGUUCCCCGAUGAGGCCCGUCAAGGUCGAAAUGUCGUCCACGCCGUCGGCGCUGAAAAUCCCGGCGGCGAUCCUCAACGCCAUCUACAAGAACAACAACAAGUCGAAUAUCGCGUCGAACGCCGGCGGCGGCGGCGGCGGUGGGGAUGAUUACGCUUCGAUGGAUUUCGAGGUUAAGAAGGGCAAGGAGAACAACCUAGCCAAGGAGUUCGACGGCCAGAAGAAGGCGGCAAAAAAGCACGCGGACUACGUCAACUACGCGCCGGCCGCCCCGUCGCCCGCCCCCCCGACGCCGACCGAGGGCGACUACGCCCCUAUGCGACCCGGGGCGGUGCCGACCAGGUCGCUGGGGCAUCUGUCGCUGGCGGCGGACGCGAGGGUGGGGCAGCCUGAGGCUGGGGGCGGACCGAUGGAGGAGGGGGCGUUGGGCGGCGGGAUGGUGGCGGUCGGGGAACAGAAAGAUGCCGCUCACAGCUGCAUCAGUUCCACGAGCCGAGACGAAACCCCACCACACUCCUCGACCAACGAAUGCGUCUCCCCCGCGGCGAAAAUCUCCCGCCCGAAUUCCGCCAACGACGACACCAUCACCAAAACCUCCUCCUCCUCCUCCACCAACAAAACCUCCCCCUCAAUAGCUGUCGAAAUUCCCAAGGUUCCUACGCAGGUGGUGGGGAGAGGAGUCACUUCGUGCGAAUUGUGGGCGAGCACGCCAUCGUUGGCGGCGGAUUCGGACCGGCAGUCGCAGCUGCAGCCGCAGCCGGGCAAGCUGCAUUACGCCAGUUUGGAUUUGCCGCAGGCCAUGGAGGAGGAUGAGGCGUGCAGCCCGAGGGCUUGCCCGAGAAGGGGCAGCCCGGGUGGAUCGGAAACCGCCGCCGCCCCUUCAGGCGAACAGGCCUUCCUCUAUGCUGAGAUCGACUUCAUGAAAAGCGAAGGUUUGAGACAGAACACUAACAAUAGCCAAAGUUUGUUACAUAACGCUAAAGUCAAGCAUUAAUUUUAGUGUAAUCGUAUUUUUAACGAUAUCGUUUUAGCGUAACCGUAUGGUAGAUAAUUGAAAGUAUAAUUUCGAUUACCAGAUCGGCAAUUUUCGGUUCCUGAUCCAGUACUGAUGGCGCCUAUACGGGGGAUAAUCGUUAGUGAAUUUUGCGCUCGAUAUAUUUUACAACUUUUCCAGUUGUAUUUCAGGAGGUGUCAAUUAUUUCUCAGAAUAGUCAGUUGUAUUUCAGAAAGCGUCAAUUGUAUUCCAGAAUAGUCACUUGUAUUUCAGAUAGCGUCAAUUGAAUUUCAGAAUGUGUCAUUUGUAUUCCAGAAAAUAUCAUUCGAAAUACAAUUGACGCUUUCUGAAAUUCAAUUGACUAUUCUGAAAUACAAUCGACGUUUUCUGAAAUACAAGUGAUCAUUCUGAUAUGCGAUUGAAGCUUUCUGAAAUUCAAUUGACUAUUCUGAAAUACAAGUGACUAUUCUGAAAUACAAUAAUUGAGGCUUCCUGAAAUUGAAUUAUUAUCAUUAUUAUUAUUAUUAUUAUUAUCAAAAAGUGAGAAUGGGCUGAGGCGUGAUCCUAUAAAAGCCCAUUUAUACAUGACGUAGUUGUAUUUACUCAGUAAUACGAUCUAACCGACUUUUGAAUGAUGAUACUGAGGGUGCAUUAACUAUGUCUGCAUCCAGGUUGUUCCAUGCCAUGAAAACACGAUUAACUAUGAAGUUCUGCCGUUUUGAUGACCUGAAAUGGUCCUUCAUAAGUUUGAAAUUAUGUCCUCUUAAUCGUACAUCAGCAUUUAUCUGGAACAGAUCACUCAGUGUGGGUAGGUGUCCAUGAAGAAUCCGAUAAGUUAGGAUCAAGUCUCCAUGAUGUCUUUGAUCUUCGAAUGUUGUCAGGCUUAACUGAUUCAAAUGAAGGACAUUGGGGUUGCUCGUUGUUGCACAGAUUUGAACAUGUUACAAUCUCUGAUCAACUCCGGGCUCCACUCAUGUCCUCCGUAUUCUAGGAUUGGCCUAACAUAAACUUUUUACAGGUUAGUGAAAGUUUCAAGUGACGUUUUCGAAAAAAAAUUUUUCAAGAGGUAAAAUUUUGUAUUCGCUCGUUUGCAUAUGUUUGAGAUAUGCUAUGACCACAUUAAAUUGUUGGUUAUGGUAACUCCAAGAUCAUUGUGGCAUUCAACCUCAACUAAUUGCUCAUCAUUGAUGGUAUAAUUUUUUUCUUGGAUUAUCAUUACCAAGGUGGAGUACACAAUUGACGCUUUUUGAAAUAAAACUGGAAAAGGUGUAGUUUGUUUUUUGACUGCACCUUUUUCAGUUGUAUUUCAGAAAGUGUCAAUUGUAUUCCAUAAUAGUCCCUUGUAUUUCAGAAAGUAUCCACUGUAUUUCAGAAUAGUCAAUUGAAUUUCAGAAAGCGUCAAUUGUAGUUCAGAAUAGUUAGUCACUUCUACAGCAGAAAGCGUCAAUUAUUGUAUUUCAGAAAAGUCAAUUCAAUUUCAGAAAAUGAAAAUUGUAUUUCAAAUGAUAUUUGCUGAAAUACAAAUGAUUCUUUCUGAAAUUCAAUUGACUAUUCUGAGAUACAAUUGACUAUUCUGAGAUACAAUUGACUCUUUUUGAAAUGGAAUUGACCAUUCUGAAAUACAACUGGAGAAGGUGUAGAUUGGAAAUAAGAAGGUGAGAAGGUGUAGAUUGUAAAUGAGAAGGCUAAAAUGAUCUUGAAGAAACUUGACAAACAAGUUACUCAACCUUACACGUUUUGUGGUAGUCUGAGAAUAUACUGGAACACAAAAAGUAUGCAAACGAAAUUUUCUGAAUUCAACUGCUGUCGGUACUGAAUCUACUGAUUUUCCUUUCUGAAAUCAAGAAUUUGGACUGUUGAACGACUAUGCGAACUAUGUAUGAAAAAUAUGCCAACAUUGAACGAGGAGGGCAUUAUAUCUGCAUCCCUUAAGGGUCUUCGAGAGUCCAAGAUCGUUUCUGCGCAUGUCAGGUUUUCAAGGUUGAACAAGCCGGGAAUUUUAAAAUCAGCUGAAAUCACUAAUAUUCACGAAUAUGUAGGUUUUGUGGGUCAGUAGUAAUAGCACUGAUGACUCAGGUAGUUGAUUAUUUCAUUUUGGAAAGGUUUUUGCAAAUGUUAUGUCGCUAUGUAGUAAUUCAUUGAAAACAUGUGAAAGAAUAAUCUGAUUCCAAUGCAUUGAAACAAAAGCGAUCAGUGUGAAUGAAAACACUAUUCCAAAGGAAGGAAGUCAUCUCCACAAAUUUCAAUGAUGUUACAUAAUCAUAAUGGACCUGUUUCGGUCUUAUAAAAGACCAUCUUCAGCCUAAUUGAAAGUUUUGGAGUUGAAAAAAUGUUUGAUGCUACUAUUUCUUGAAUUGUCGAUACCCAUAGUCCAGAAUUCAAAUACUUGAUGAAAAAACGGGUUCUCAAUAAAUGAAGGGCAUUGCCAAAAGGUUUAUUUUUGACAACACCAUAAAUUAACGGGUUUUCUAACCAAAUUAGUUUAGAUUUAAACACGUGCUGGCUGUUUGCCCAUCAAUUUUAUUGAUAUUUUCUUCAAGUAGCGCUUUCAUAAGGGCACGGGGAACCCCUUUUUAAAAAACCCGUUAAUUUAUGGUGUCAAAAACAGAUCUAUUGGCAAUACCCUUCAUAUACCAUUCUGGUAUGUGGAAUUUUCAAUAAAAAUAAUAGUAUGUCAUUAAUUGAGAACCCGUUUUUUGAGUUCUGGACUAUGGGAAUCGACAACAAUUCAAGAAAUAGUAGCAUCAAAUAUUUUUUGAACUCCAAAACUUUCAAUUAGGCUGAAGAUGGUCUUUUAUAAGACCGAAACAUGUCCCUUAUGAUUAUGUAACAACAUCAUUAAAAUUUGUGGAGAUGACUUCGAGCAUCCCUUCCUUCCUUCCCAUUUAUUGUAAAAACAAAUCAACUAAUAACAUUCGAAAUAGAUGUCACUAAUACAGGGUGUUUUGUAAUAUGUCGGACACACUCCUUAGUAUGAUAGAGCGUCUCGAAAAAAUGAUGAAAGUUCCUAUAAACAUAAUAUCUCAAAAACUCUUUUGUGUCCGAGUUAGAGAUUGUUAAAAUUUCAAGAUUUUUCAAAUUAUUGCCUUAUAGUUCCUGCACUUUUCAAGAUUUCCAGCUCAAAUUCGGAAUACGGGUUACACUGUAGGGCUCACAUCAUUGGGCAUGCCAUAUGGUCUUGAUAAUAUACAGGAAGAUAUUUUUUCUUCCUCAAUUCGACCUUUUUCGGUUCCCUACAAGGGCGAAAUCAAAAAACAAUCAUCCCUCACUUGGGCGGCACCAGUACUGGAAAUUCAUAGAAUUUAUCUAGCGUUUGUAAUUUUUUAUGAUCGAUAUGUUAUUAUUGCGAAUAUCUUAUUUUUAUAAGAAAUUUGCUGAAUAUCACUUUCCUAAGAUUAGCAAGAGCAGCUAUAUUUUUCCUAUUUGUGUAUAGUUGUAAUUUUGUACAUAGUAUUUCUAUUCUUUUCAUCGUUUUUGUGAAUACAUAUUAUAUAGGAGUCAAUAUCUUAUUCAUAGACGUUUUAUAAUUAUAAAAUUAUUAUUAUUAUUAUUAUUAUUAUUAUCAUAUUUAAUAUUUAACCGAUUAUAAUCAUGGCUUCUUUGUAGCUGCAGAUAAAAAAUUGUAGAAACGAUAGUUUGGUGAUCAGUCCCUGGAUGGAUUGCCAACCAUCCUUUCAUUAGAUAAUAAUGUCACUAAAUAAUCAUAUUUUUCGGGAUGUCUGUGAGUCUGAUUGACGAAUAAUCAUUAAGUCCAAGAAUUUCCAAUGUUCCUGUAACUAUUUUUCUAGGCGUCAUCUUGAUGAAUUCCAUUAUUGACCCUGGAAUCGGUAAAGUUAAUAAGCUCUUUAAGCGAAAACAAAAAAACACGUAAACUACUUACCAGAUGAAGUGGGACAGCCAAAUAAUUGACUGAUUUUGAUAAGCUAUAACAUUUCUUGGCCGAUGUUGGAUUUUCAACCAAAGGUAGAAAGCGUCAUCCUUCUACUAUGCGUCAUUGGCGUCGGGUUUUUAUUUUUGCGAUUCGUUCUCUUUGUACAGAGUGUCAGUUAAGAGCCGGAAAAAUUUCAAAUGUUUGACCAAUAAUUUGGGAAAUGUGAGGGACCCUAGAAUUCUGUUUCAGAUGUUGGGUGAAUGGUUGGUCCUAUACCUCGAGACGUCUUUGAAAUUUUUUGGAUUAAUUGCGUUGCUAUGGAAAAAUCGCCAUUUUUAUGAAAUUUCAUUUUCAAUUCAAAAUGUGGCCUCUUUUAGUUAAACAAUAACAGCCAACAUUCAAACUGCAACAAGGGAUAUUUCUACUGUAGAUAAUUAACACUAGUGCCGCGCGAAAAGUGCUUUAUGAUAUUUAGAAACGUAAAAUUCGUUUUUUUUUGAAGACUUCAACAGUUUUAUUGAUCGUUACAGUUGAAGAGGUGUCAUAUCCUUAAUUAGCAUGAUGUUGACAAAUUCAGAGGUGCGAAAAAAAGAGUUUAUGAUAUUUAGGAACGACAAAAACUCUCUAUUGAAAAACAUCAACAAGAUUUUUUGAAAUUUUUUCUGACAGAAUUAUCAAAUUGUACGGCUCGGAAAACAUCAGAAGCCAGAAUCACGUUCCUGAAUUUUCAUUCAUGAAUAAUGAUACAGGAAAAUUUUCACUGGGGAACAAAGAACAACACUUGAUAAAAUUAUUAAAAAUGUUUCCAUAUCAAACUCUCUGAAUCGCCUUGAUGAUACGCCAAUGGAUUACUUGGAUGCUCACCUUGGAUAAGUAAAAAAACAAUGAUAAUGAGACUGAAAUUCUGGUUCUCCAAUUUUGCACACCUUUGAAUUUGUCAACAUCAUGCUAAUUGAAUGUAUGGCAACUUUUUACCUGUGACGAUCAAUGAAACUGUUGAUUUUUUUCAAUAAGAACGUUUUGUCAUUUCUAAAUAUCAUGAACUCUUUUUUUGUGCGCCUCUGAAUUUGUCAACAACAUGCUAAUUAAGGAUAUGACACCUCUUCAACUGUAACGAUCAAUAAAACUGUUGAAAUUUUUCAAUACAAACGAAUUUUUCGUUUCUAAAUAUCAUUAACCCCUUUUUGCGCGCCACUGGUGUUAAUUAUCUUCAGUAGAAAUAUCCCUUGCGCCAGUUUAGAUGUUGGCUGUUGUUGUUUAACUAAAAGAGACCAUUUUUCAAAUUAAAAAUGAAAUUUCAUAAAAUGGCGAUUUUUCUAUAGCAACGCAAUUAAUCCAAAAAAUUUCAAAGACGUCUCGAGGUAUCGGACCAACCAUUCACCCAACAUCUGAAAAAGAAUUCUAGGGUCUCCCACAUUUCCCAAAUUAUUGGUCAAACAUUCGAAAUUUUUCCGGCUCUUAAUUCACACUCUGUAAAUAGAGAACGAAUCGCAAAAAUAAAAACCCGACGCCAAUGAUGCAUAGCCCAAGGAUGACGCUUUCUACCUUUGCUUGAAAAUCCAAUAUCGGCCAAGAAAUUUUCGAGUUAUAGCUUAUCAAAAUUAGACAAUUUUUUGGCUGUCCCACUUCAUCUGGUAAGUAGUUCAUUUUUUUGUAUUGCAUUACUAUUGUGGCAACUGUGAAAAAUCCUGUUAGAGAAAAAUACUAUACAGAAUGACACCGGAUAAAAAAUACAUAAGUACAAUGUGUGUGAUUUCAACUUGCAACGCCCCCCUAAUUUGGAAUCCGUCGACCCUUCUUCAAAAACUAUAAUUCAAUAAUAUAGUACUUAAAAUUCCAAAAACGACUAUCAAGCAAUUUUUUGUCGAAAAAGUGAAUAAGCCUAUUUAAUUCAGGCAGAUUUGACUACAUUUUUGGAAAGAGCUCAUGUACUGCUGUAUUAUCGAAUUUUUGUUUCUGAAAAUUGGUCAAUGGAUUGCAAAUUGGGAGGGUGUUAUGAGUUGAAAUUGCACACGCUGUAUUUUGAAUGAAUUUCUAGUAACUUUUUGAAAAAAUAUACAUUAGGUGUUUUGCGUCAAUGGCGAUUCCAGAAUAAUUCUGAUCGAAAAUCCCCAGAAAUAAUUUGAAUUCUCUGAUCUUCUCUAUUCAUAAACCUCUUGAUGUUAAUCCUAUUGAAUUAAAUCAUCAUUAUGUUGGAUUGGGAAUACUACUUAGAGGGAAGUUGGAUAAUAUACAGUACAGACGUAAAAUUUGAAACCAACAUUUUUUAUUGUCCUCGUUUCAUUUUGUAUUUAAGGUGAUUUUUCUUGAACCGUGUGCAAAACAAUUUGAAAUCAAGCAUUUUUUAUGUAAGUUAUGGCGUCAGCAAUCAAUAUGGUCCAUUCCUGUUCAAAAACUUCUAAAUAAACGGUUUGAACCACGAAAACGUGUGUAGAAGUAUCUUCAACAUGGAUUUUUGCGACACAAAAAAUCCAUUUUUUAUGUUGAAAACGAGGGCAGAUUCGUUCCCAAAACGUCCAAAGCUAAGAAAAAAUUUUAUUUUUUUCCCAUAUAAGUACCUUUAUUUCUCUUCUCUUCUCCAAACUUUUUUCAAUACAAAUUGUCACUGACAAGCUAGUAAAUUUUUCUUUUAGGCUCUCUGAUAGGAAAAUUCUUUGGACACAUUGACAUUUUGGGGCAAAUCAUCUGAUUUUUCCUUACUACAUGUAUAUUGAAAUAUUAUUCAUAUUUUUAUUUUAUAGAAACGAGGAGAGAAAAUCCCCAAAAAUCUGGAAUAAUCAUUUUAGUACCCAUUUAAAUAAAUUUCGCUUUUGAAUGCUAGACAAUAUGCAUGCUUUAAUUUGAACCACCAGGCUGGUUCAAGAUUCAGAAUUCCCUGAUCGAAUUUUGAAAUGAAUUAUGAUUGAGAGUUUCCAUAUGAUGCCGACUUUAUGAAGGACACUGUAUAUAAAUAUCUAGCGACAAGGAAUAACUAGUUAAUGAUUUUAAUUAAUGAAAUGGAAUCAGAAUUCACUUUUCAAAAUGUGUGAAAAAAAUUUGUUUUGAAAAUUUGUAUAUCGCUACUUCGCGUGGUUAGUCAAAUACGUUUGUUGUUCACCUCAACGUUUACUUAUUGAUUGUCGAGAUUACUACAAUUUUUCACUCUAUUUACGACCCUGUUUUAUAAUGAAAAUAUCUUUUGAGAUAUCUUCUGCAAAAAUCAUUUAAACAAUUCAGGAUAUUCACAGUUUCAAUCCUAAAUAUUCGAGUUCUCAUAUUUUGUUGAUAAAAUCAUCAAAUACAAUCUCCCCUUCAAAUACAAACAGGAUGUCUCAAUUGAAACGAAACACCAUCAGUAAUUCAUGUUUUUUUUUUUUUUCAUGGAAAUAUGCCAAUGAGGCCUCGGGACCCGUCUAAAACUGAACGAGUCCUUAUACUCUCUAGAAAACUCUAAUAGUACAGGGUGAUUCACCAUAAAUGUCCCCAACUCCCUCUAGCUCAGUUAUUUUUGAACCGAUUGCAAAAUUUUAAAUAUCUUCUCAAAUGAUUUUUGAUAGAGUAUUUUUCCGCUACAUCAGAAAAUACAAGGUGCUCGGAACAAACGAUCUACAGGGUACUAUUCGAAUUUUUUUAGAUGGGACAACCUUUUUUUCGUUGUAUUUUCAGAUUCUCCCUGAAGAGCUGGUUUCAUCAAUGUAUCACACUUGGGGUCUAGCGAAAAUGAUUACAGAGAUAUAGGGUGUUCAAAAUCGAGAUUUUUCAACUUCAGAAUUUUUCUGAGACGAAACUAUUCAUUAUCAGUCAAAACGGCUUUCAUGUCCGUAUCUUAACUAUUGAUUUACUAUCUACUGACAUUUGAUAAUUGGAACAGAUACAGGGUGAUCUUGAACCACACUGUAUAUGUUCCAAUUAAAUGUCAGUAGAUAAUAAAUCAAAAGUUGAGAUAGGGACAUCAAAGCCGUUUUGACCAAGUGUGAUGUAUUGAUGAAAUCAGCUCUUUAGGAAGUAGUACUCUGUAGAUCGUUUGUUUCGAGCACCCUGUAUUUUCUGAAGCAACGGGAAAAAAAUUCUGAAAAAUCAUUUUAGAUGAUUCUUCAAAUUUUCAAAUCGGUUCAAAAAUAAGUGCGCUAGAGGAGGGACAUUCAUGGUGAAUCACCCUGUACUUCAAGAGAUACUUGUAUUUUUUCAGGCGCGAAUAUUAUUAAUUAUGUAAAUUUGCGACAUCCUGUUAUAGUAAACAUGUUUUUUCUUCUACCCCUAACAUGAAACCUGUUGAAGAUAAUGAUAAUAAAUCUCCAAAUACAAAUUUGAAAUAUUCAAACCAAACUGAUGAAAUUAAAUUGAAAAGAAUACUCACUCAUAAAUCAGAUCUUGCCAUAUUACCGCUGAAGAAUAAGAAAUGGAAUAUCGAGAAAAUUCCUCAUGAAAUCAAAAUUAAUCCUUAGAGCAGGCAAUAUCUUUCACAAUAAUUGUCUUCGAUCGGAAUUAUUGAUGUAAAAUACUUUGAGCUUUGAGCAGUUAUUAUAGGUGAACAUUGUGGAGUUGAAAUGGCAUGCUUUAAAUAAUGAGGAUAUCAAUUGGAACAAUCGAUCCUCAUUACUUUUUCUCCUUUUGGGUUAUGAAAUAAUAUCGAAGAAACAUUUCAGUAGGAUGUGUAGGAUGUUCAUAGCUGGAUUUUCUUUGUUUUCUUGAAAAAUUCAAAUUGAAUAUUGUAUUUUGUAAUUUUAAGAUGUUUUGUAUGAAACAUAUUCACCAAAAACAAGUGAAGUUGUGAGUUCUUUCAUUGAUUGGUGGUAACUUCAUUGAAUAUUAACUAAAAAAUACUCACAAGUGAAUGUUUUAAUAUCGUUUGCUGUGUUUAUUUUCAAUUUUUGACUAAAAUAUUGUGAAUUUUAGCCCCCUCUCUGUAUUUGUUGUUUUGGGUAUAUUAGGAGAAAUGUAUAAGAAUGGCUAAUCGUUUAAAUUUGUCAUGUUGCUUGUUAAUGAUAUCUUAGUUUAAUGAACUGGAAAGAGUAUCUGAAUGUUUUAUUAUGGGAAAGGAAGCAUUUUAAUACCAUGAGUAGUUGGCGUUUUUUAUACUAAAAAAGACGAAAUGAAUAGGUAAUUAGUAGGUAUUGACAUUCGCAUAGCUUCUUGUUAAAACAAUUAUGGGAAUUUGGGUCAUGUUAUAGAAAAAAAGAGAUUCCGCUGCCUGCAUAACUGAAUUGAAUAGGUACAAAAUUAUAAUUGGUCUAUAUUUAGUAACAUUAUUAUUGUUUCUGCUAGGGAAUUGUUGGUAUAGGAAGAUUGUUCUGAUUUUUUUUUAGGAAAUGAACAUGAAAUUUAGGAAAAGAGCAGUUCUAAAAAUGUAAUUAUAUUAAUCUUGUAAACUUUAUAUUAUUAUGUAUGUACCAUUUUUUUUAUGUAUGAAAAGCCAUUCGGAAUAAAUGAAAACCUACUUAGAAU